CGGGAAACUGUCCACAUGAACGAUAAUCGUCUACCACGACGUGGACUUGCCUUGCAGGACAUGGGGAUAUUCCAGGACGUCUCCGCCCAAGGAUCAAGCGCGUCCCACUCGACGAACGUCUGGCAUCAAUCAAGACAGGGAAACGGGGAAGCGGCAGGGGUAUGACAGAUCUCGAACAGGGGGCGCGAUUGGUGAUAGAGAUUAUUGCGACUGCCGGAACGUUGUUUGACUGGUUGCCUCACAAUGCACGCCCACCAAAAGCUGACUGCAAGUCCUUGCGUUGCGACUCUUUGGCUGCGUUCGUUCGUUCUCAUCUCUUGUUUCCAACCAUUUGCUGGCCACGACAACUCACAAGACCUAGAUACACAGAAGGCGUCCCCGCUGUCGAUCUGCAUGAAGCGAAGAGUUGCAUUCAAUGCAUUCGUUGGCCUGCGAGUUCGAAGUGCAGGGUCAUUUGAUGCGGCAUGUGGUGGUCCAGUGUAAUCCGUACUAAAUAAACUCCGGCUUGUCCCCUGGAGUAUGGCUGCUGAGUGUACAUGACGGGGCCUACAGUCGAGGAAAUGCACCCUGCAAGGCAAUACAACGCAACACAG